AUGAAUCUUGGCAAACUUCCACCUGGAACAAAAUACAGAAGGUUGCCGUGUUGUGAAAUCAGUCUACAGAUGAUUUUUUUCACGCUUCAAGAGAAAAGCAGUAUUGGAAAUAGGCUGGGACCAGGGGGAGCUGUGGUCAGAGACUGGGACCAGGGCGGAGAAACAGACCAGGGCGGAAGCGCUGGCAGAGGCUGGGACCAGGGCGAGGGCGCGGGCGGAGGCUGUGACCAGGGUGGAGGCUCAGGCGGAGGCUGUGACCAGGGCGGAGACGUGGGCGGAGGCUGGGACCAGGGCGGAGCCGCAGACUGGGGCAGAGCUGCAGACCAGGGUGGAGGCGUGGACCAGGGCAGAGGGCACGGGCAGAGGCUGGGACCAGGGCGGAGGAGCGGCAGAGUCUGUGACCAGGGCAAAGGCUGGGGCGAAGGCUUUGACCAGUGCAGAGGCUUGGGCGGAGGCUGUGACCAGGGCGGAGGCUCGGGCGUAGGCUGUGACCAGGGCGGAGAUGUGGGCGGAGGCUGGGACCAGGGCGGAGCCGUUGGCGGAGGCUGGGACCAGGGCGGGGCCGCUUACCAGGGUGGAGGCUGGGACCAGGGUGAAAUUGAAACUCAAUUGUGCUGUCAAUUUUCCUAA